AUGAUGACACGAGGGCUUGUUCUGCUGCUAUCAAUUCUAGUCGCAGUAGACGCGGCUAAAAAAGGUAGGCCAAAUGUGGAUUUUAUCGGUGAAUGGAAUUUCCCUAGUCUACCUUCAUUAUCCACGCAAAUCAAGAACUUUAUCUCAGGCAAAAGUAGUGCUAAGUUUUUACGCCCUAUUUCGGAUAAACCAAAUGCUUCGUUGUCUGCUAAGCAACGUGGUAGACAAUUUUCGGCGCAUAAGCCUUUAGCCCCAAGUCCUGCCCCGUCCUUUAGUAUCCAUGGAAACAGUCAAUACUUGAAUUAUCCCAAAUCAAAGAAUAUUCAGAUCGUUCCCCGAGUAAAGGCAAGAGACCGGAUAUUCAUACGCAAUCAACUCAAUCUUUUACCGACAAGCAAAGUACCAAAACCUCAGUUUGUUCAAGUGAAUCCACAACCAAGCAACCCACCCCCUAAACCAUGGGGAGCACCAGGCAGACGACGAAAUAAGCCUCCUCCUAAAGCGACUCACCCUACAUUCGUGUACCACACGGUACCACCCACACUUCAAGCCCAGGGACAUCCGCCCCCUCAGCAUCUCCGUGCUGCCUUCUCGACAGAUCAAGCUCAACACCCACGUGUACAUCAAGCACAACCACAACAACUUUUCCAUCCACCACCUCAACCGUCUUUCCAAGCCCCGCAAAAUCAGCAACCCCCGCAUCAGGUCUUUCCUCAGCAAUUUCACCCACCACCUCAACCUCAAUUCUCUCCCUCUCAAAUAACAUACCAACAACCACAAUUCCAACAGCCUCCUUUGCCUCAAAGCAAAGUAUCUCCGACACAGCAAAUAAAAAAUCAAAAGAAACGAAAAAGAAAACAUAAAAAGCAGAAGACUACCAAACCAUCCCCCCAGUCCCAACCAAAACAAACCCCUACCCGACCUCAAUAUGUUGCACCGCCGCAACAUCCAAUACCCCAGCCACAACCUCAUUAUGUUCCGCCAUCACAACAACAGUUACAAAUACCCCAAAAUCAGCAAAUACAACAAUCUCAACCGCAUUAUGUUGCACCACAGCAGCCAAUGAUGCAACAGUUCCAGCAAUAUGUUGCACCACCACAGCAUAUGAUGAGCCAAUCCCAUCCACAGUAUGGAUUACCCCAGCAAUAUCCUCCCCCUAUGUAUCAUCCACAACCAAUUCACUAUCAGCCGAUGUAUCAAGCACCUGGACAACCACAGACGACUAAAGCCAAAACAACCACAACCACCACAACUACUACCACCACUGCACCAGAAAUUGAAAGAGAAACAGAAAUCAAAUCAAAAGGUCACACGACAACAUCACAACCAAAGCAACAAAGUGUUCCAAUGCCACAAAUGCAGCAACAAUACCCAUAUUAUUACCCUGUACCACAAGCUCCAGUACAUCCACAAACAGUGUAUGUACAGCUACCUCCCGCUCAACAACAGCCACAGUUUCUGCCAUCACAACAACCUCAGCCGCAUCCACAAUAUAUGCCAAUCCCCAAGCCUCAGCAACCUCCAGCUCAAAUACAGCAACAGUUUCUGCCAUCACAACAACCUCAUCCGCAACCACAGUAUAUUCCAAUUCCCCAGGCUCAGCAGCCUCCAGCUCAAGUACAUCAACAACCAUAUUUUCAGCCCUCACAACAACCCCCGGUGCAUCCACAAUAUAUGCGAAUCCCCACGCCUCAGCAACCUCCAGCUCAAGUACAUCAAAAACCACAUUUUCUGCCAUCACAACAACCUCCAACAGAACCACAGUAUAGGCCGAUCGCUCAGGUUCAGCAACAGUUCAGGCCUUCACAACAACCUCAGAUACAACCACAGGCUCAACGAGAGCCGCCAAUACAACAACAAACACACAUGCACACUCAAACUACGUUACCACCGGCAAAUCCUCAGUGCAAUUACUUUACUGUAGAUCGAGGGGUACUAAAAUGGUUCCCCUGUGAGUUGCCAAAGACUGGUCCACCACCUACCGUCAAACAAGUGGUAACUACCACUCCACGAAUCACUACGACCACGACUAAAACUACAACACCUGCUCCAAUACAAUACCAUUCUCCAAAUUGUGAUUACUGGUAUAUAGAAAAUGGAGUGUAUAAGUGGUACGCAUGUUCUACAACUCGGCCUCCAACGACAACCCAUUCGGUAAUGGGAUUUUUCGACUACCUUUUCUUCGGUGCUCCUACACAACCGCCAAUUCCGACUAAGCCACCUCUUCCACGUUUUAAUUCACAUACUAAUCGCCAUAUUACUCAACAUCUUGAUCUGAGUUCUUUGUGGAAACCAGCACCUGUUAAAGUUGACAUUACGUACAAAGAGGUGGAAAAGGCAAAGUAA